AUGUCCACCACUUUGGGCUCGUUUAUAGCAGGCGGCAUUGCCGCAUGCGGCGCCGUCACCGUCACUCACAGCUUUGAGACCGUAAAGAUUCGGUUACAGUUGCAGGGAGAACUGCAGGCAAAGAAAGAUGCCCCGAAGAUGUAUCGCGGCGUUUUGCAUGGUGUCGCGACUAUCGUGAAGAAUGAGGGCCCCAAGGGCUUGUUCCGUGGUCUCUCGUGCGCCUACAUCUAUCAAAUGACCCUCAAUGGUUGCCGUCUCGGCUUCUACGAGCCAAUCCGCGGCAACUUGACCAAGCUCCUCUACCAUGACGCAAAUGUCCAAUCAUUUGGCAUUAAUAUCUUCUCCGGCGCUACUUCCGGCAUCUUGGGCGCUGCCGCUGGAUCGCCUUUCUUCCUGGUCAAGACUCGUCUACAAUCCUUCUCGCCUUUCCUUCCGGUUGGCACUCAGCACCACUACAAGAAUGCGUGGGAUGGUAUGAGACAGAUCUACAAGGGCGAGGGCGUGAAGGGCCUCUACCGCGGUGUUGGGCCAGCUAUGGUCCGCACCGGUUUCGGAAGCUCAGUCCAACUCCCCACAUACUUCUUCGCAAAGAGACGGCUUGUCAGGCACCUGGGUAUGGAAGAAGGCCCAGCUCUGCAUCUGGCUAGCAGUACCGCGUCUGGAUUCGUCGUCUGCUGCGUCAUGCAUCCUCCCGACACGGUCAUGAGCCGCAUGUACAACCAGACUGGCAACCUCUACAACAGCGCAUUCGAUUGUUUGUUCCGUACAGUCAAGACCGAGGGCUUCUUGGCUGUCUACAAGGGCUUUUUCGCUCAUUUGGCAAGAAUAUUGCCCCAUACUAUCCUCACUCUUAGCUUGGCGGAACAGACCAAUAAGCUCAUGCGUAAGGUCGAAAACCGCUACUUCCUCAAGACCGAGGAGCUCUAA